AUGGCGGGGCCGGAUCCGGAUCAGGGAGCGACAUGGAGUCCCGGGGCCCCGCUGCGCAGGUCUGGUCCUGUCCCGGCAGGCAGCGAGCCCAGUCAGCUCCCCACCGUGGGUGCGGUGGUGCCGUCUCCCCGUGCCCGGAGCCGCGUGGGCACAUGUGCGGGACGUGGCGUUGCCCGCUCGGCUGCACCCCCCCGCCUGGCCCUGCUCGGGGUCGGAGGCCCCGGCGUUGCCGUUGUGGCACCAGACCCCACAUCCCCGGCUGCCCCCCCGGCCCCUGCCCGACCCCGCCGGCAGCCGGCCCGGGGCGCCUGGGGGCCCUGGGGACCCUGGAGCUCCUGCUCCAGCUCCUGUGGGGACGGCGUCGCCCUCCGCACCCGGAGGUGCCUGCGGUCUGCCGAGGAGGAGCCGUGCACGGGCGACCCGCGGCAGUACCGGCUCUGCCAGCUCCAGGGCUGCCCCAGCGGCUCGGUGCCCUUCCGUGCCAUGCAGUGCUCCCUCUACGACAACAAGCCCGUCCUGGGCACGCCGGCCCGGUACCGCUGGGUGCCCUUCCAUGGAGCCCCCAACGUCUGCGACCUCAACUGCCUGGCCGUGGGGCACAACUUCUACUACACCUUCGGCCGGGUGCUGGACGGCACCCGCUGCGGCCCCGGCUCCCCGGGCGUGGGCUGCGACGGGAUCCUGGGCUCGGGCGCGCGGCCUGCCGCCUGCGGCCAGUGCGGCGGCGGCCACGACACGUGUCUCUUCGUGCAUCGGCUUUUCCAGGGCACGGACCCCUCCUCCGGUUAUUUUGGGUACGUGAACGUGACCAAGAUCCCGGCUGGGGCCACUCACAUCAAGGUGACAGACAAGAGCCGCAACUACCUCGCCCUGAUGACGAGUGAUGGGCACUACGUGCUCAACGGGGACUGGUCCAUCGCCUGGCCGGGGCCGUACGAGGUAGCCGGCACCCAGCUGCACUAUGCCCGGGCCCCCGAUGGCACCGAGAGCCUGGAGGCGCCCGGGCCCACCGACGAGGAUCUGCACGUGAUGGUCCUGCUGCAGGAGCCCAAUCCUGGCAUCGAGUACCAGUUCUGGCUGCCCCGUGAGCACCCCCAGCCUGGCCGUGGCGACACCAGCCCCCUGCGGCAGCCCCAGCCCCGGGGGGCCGGCAGCCCCCCACCCCGGGAGCCCCCGGUCACCCUGGCCCCCGUGCCGCCACCCCCGCCUGGGGGCUCUGCCCUGGCAGGGCGAUGCGGGAGGUGCCGCCCGGCCAAGGGACGCUCCCAGCGCAUCCGGCACUUCUGCCAGAGCGACUUUGUCUUCCAGGGCCGGAUCCUGGCAUGGCGCUUGGUGGGGCAGGAGACGCGCUACGAGGUGGAGGUGAAAACGCCGUAUCGGCACCGCUUCCCACUGGUGCCCCGGGAGUACCUGUGGGUGCCCAACACCUGCGGCUGCCCCCCGCUCCGGGAGGGCGGCGAGUACCUGCUCAUGGCGCGGCGGCACGUCAACUAUGAGCGCACGCUCAACCGCAUCCUGCUGCAGGACGACGGCUACGCCCGGCCGUGGACGCCCCGCGAGGACCGGCUGGUGCGGGAGGCAGCCCGGCACUGCCCCCCGCCCAGGCCGCCCUGA